GAGUGGAUCCAAGAAGAUAAGUCAGCGCCUUUUUGAUUAUAAAAUAAUUGACGGGAAUCGACAAAAGUCAUUAGUUUAUGUGAUUUAGAAACAUCAGCUCAGUACACCAGCAACAUGAAACUAUUGGCGGCAGCUCUAUCGGUCCUCUUGGUCUUCCAGGCCGCACAAGCCGACACUUCCCUUAGUGACGUCGUGAGAGCUGUUCUGCACAAUGUCGUCACCGGUCUAGGAGACUUCGUGCAAGAAUCCAAAAAUUUAAAUGAGGCAGCUCUUGGUAACAUCACCGGGUUUUCCGAAGUGUUCCUGAAAAUAAAACUGGCCAUUGCUGAUCAGAUUUUCGAUGGCGUCACCGAACAGCUGGGAGAACUGCUAACAAAGGUGGAAGCAAACACCACCACCGCUGGUGAAGCGAUCAUCAACUGCGUGAGGGACCAAAAAUCGGCCGCGCAGGAAACUUUAACUAACGUUGUUACCGACAUCAACGCCUGCGAAGAGACCAAGUUUGACGACCUAAACAAAGGUCAGAAAGUUAUUGUGGACGCUCUCGAUGCUUUCCAAGUCGCCCUUAAGAAAGUAGACGACGACUUCGAAAGUUGCUUCUUAGGCGACCUGUGCUUAUUGCAGCUUGUCCAAGGUCUUCAAGGAUUAUCCGAUGAAGCUUCUGGCGUAGGAGAUGCCAUAAAGGCGUUCAUCGCCGAAGUGGCAGAUUAUGGCAACCAAAUAGCCGCGUGUUCGUCAACCGAAGAGCCGGUUUUGCGGCAACAAGCCGAAGAUAUCUUUAACGCUGCAGCGGAUUGCAUUCAGACUAAUAUCAACGCUUAGAUUUUUGCGAAAUAAACAUUUGUAUUUUACUGCUACUUUCCGGAAAUCAUGCCCUUUGAAUGCUACGGUUCCAUUUUGAUAACGUAAUAACUGAGAUAAUGUUUGUUGCCAUAAUAUUGAAAAUAAAUUUAUCAGUGUCAGUGUAUUAGAUAAGUUCAGCUUAAGAUCAACACCAAACGCUGUGUGAACUUCAGACCGUUAUUUUUCAGUAGGGUAACAUUUUAUUGUUGACCUAAACGCUACUGCUCUUUACUUUAUCAUAACUGGAAGCAUGGUGCUAUUUGAUUUAUACUGGAUCACAGUGAUGUAUCUGUGUGAAACAUUGUGUAAUAAAAUCAGAUAAAGACAGUGAAAGUACAAAGUUCUGGAUGGAUUGUGUACAAUCUUAGUGCAGCCGUUUAGUUGUAUUUUAAGGAUACCAUUUCAGAUUAAUACGAAAACACAAUUAUGUUUCUGUCAUCUGGCUAAUGUCAUCAUUUUAAAAUCUUGCGUCGAUUCAUGAUUAUAAAUUAUUGAAAUUUCAAGUCUAAAUAUGAUAGUUUGCAUUGAUACAAGUGCGACAAUCUGGGUAUCAGUGGUAAAAUUAUAUCUAGAUCACUCUCAAUUCGUGAGUGCGAAUAAUUAUCAGUCUAGCGAAAUAAAUAUGUCUUCAGGGGUGCCACAGGGAUCGCAUCUUCGACCACUCUUUACAACCAUUUCCGUCUAACGAUGUCUAGACGUCCUUGUAAUAAAUCACUUUCCUCUGUUUGCUAAUAAAUUGAAUGUUGGUGUUUGUCAAACGAUGCACUGGAGAAUUUUAUAUUUCAUUCAUUAAAUUUCUCUACUAUGCAAUUGUUCGUCCUCAUAUUGAGUCUUGAGUCUUCGCUAAACCUACUAUAACGUACAGGGUGAAUCCACAUUAUAUCGUUGCCUUCAAAAGUUAUGAGAAAAUGGUCAAUAAAAAACUAGUAGAGAUUAUUAGGAUACACAAUUGAUACACGGUGGCCCAAAAAAGCAUGACGAUUUAAAGACACAUUUUUCAUUUUAAAUUGUGCAUCCUAACAAUUUUACACUUUACUCUAUCGUUGACUCAUCCUGUAUCGUACUGGCUUUUAUCGCGUAAUGGCAAUUAUGGAAGUUACCUCCUGUCGGCAAUAACAUUCGUGUCCGGUAGGUAUUAAAGGGACGGAUUCUGAAAGGUUUUGGUAAUAAUUUUUUUUUGUUUAUUUAGGUGUGUAUAUUCUUACUUACUUAAAUUACACUAAGAAAAAACAAUGACAUAAAUAUAUACAAUAAAUUCAUAGCCAGAAAUAUCUAUAAAUAACUUCAUUUUU